AAUAAAAGGGGGUAAUCGCUAUAUCUUCUCUCUAGGGUUCUGGCUGUUGCUUUCUUCUUCUUCUUCUUCUUCUUCUCCUUCUCCUCCGUAUCUGUUUCUCUGCUUCCGUCACGGGAGCCGAUAUGUAUUGUUUCUCACUAGAGGCGGAACCAUCCUCGUUGCUCUGAUCGUCAAUCCUUUUACUCACUUAGCGUUGUUUAGGGAUUCCGGAUUUUGAUUUUUUUCUUUUUGGUUUCUUCUGGUAAUUAGGGUAGCGUGUAUCGCUUAGGAACCGAUCAAUUCUAUCCGAUAAAAUCCUUGUUUUACAAUCUUGAUUCUUCAGUGUUUGAAAGCAGUUAAUUAGGGUUUUUGGUAGAUUAGUUGGUUUCCUUGGUAGCGCGAUUAUGGACGCUUUUGGAAUUGGGAGUAGUAUCAAUCAUGCUCCAGUAACCGACGAUCUUAAGAAAUUUGGAGAUAAUCCUACAGGUAAUACAAUGUUUGAUGCAUCUCAGUAUGCCUUUUUUGGGAAUGAUGUUGUCGAGGAGGUUGAGCUUGGUGGAUUGGAAGAGGAAGAUGAGAUUUUAUCUUUCACUGGAUUAGGGGAUGACUUUUCAUUUGAUAAGGAAGAGGUUGAAAGUUCUAGAUCUCUGUCCAACGUUGAUGAUCUUGCUACUACUUUUUCAAAGUUGAAUAGGGAGCCUGAUGUCUAUAGAAAUACGGGGCCAAUCACUGAUAGACGAUCAGUACAGAAUCCUUUAGCUGCUGAGUGGACCCAUGGGGAGGCGUUGCCAAGCUGGUACGGCCGGAAAAUACUGGACUCUGAUGCCAUUAAAGAUGACAAGGUGUGGUCAGCACAGCCUUUUUCAUCUUUGGACCUUGUUGAGCAGAGAAAUCCUGACAGAACAACAUUGUAUCCGGAACCACAACGUCAACUGCAUCAAGACCGUAAUCAACAACAGUUUCCCAGCGAACCAAUUCUUGUCCCGAAGUCAUCUUUUGUUUCAUACCCUCCUCCAGGCAGCAUAUCACCAGAUCAGCGGUUAGGACUCCCUAAUAUACCAUAUCAGUCUGGUGGGCCUCAAAUGGGAUCCCCAAACUUCUCUUCUUUUCCAACUUUGCAGCCUCAGUUGCCUGGCAUGCAUCAUGGAUCACCGCAGCAUGCUGGAAACAUGCCUCAGUUUCGUCCUGCUCUUCCUCUAAAUAAUCGCCCUCCAGGUCAAUGGAUGAAUCAUCAAAAUAUUCAUCCUGGGGAUGGUUCCGGUAACAUGAAUAAUGCGAUGCUACAACAGCCGCCUCAUCAAAACGGUUUGAUGCCUCCACAGAUGCAGGGUUCUCAGAAUAGGUUACCACAUCCGAUGCAGCCUCCUCUUGGGCAUAUGCCUGGAGGACAGCCUCAGUUGUUUAACUCCCAUCUCUCUCGAUCAUCAUCCUCUGGAAAUUAUGAUGGAGCCCUUGGGUUUGUUGAUCCAAGGGAAGCAAGACCAGGAUCAGGUCAUGGGAACAGACAGAACAUGCGUUUUCACCAACAGGGUUAUGAUGGUGGCGUUCAGAGAAGAUAUAGUGGGUGGCCUCCGUUCCGGUCUAAAUAUAUGUCAGCUGAUGAGAUAGAGAAUAUACUGAGAAUGCAGCUUGUUGCUACACACAGCAAUGAUCCUUACGUUGAUGAUUACUAUCAUCAAGCCUGUCUUGCUAAGAAAACUGCUGGUGCAAAAUUGAAACAUCAUUUUUGUCCAAAUCAUUUGAGGGACCUCCAACAGCGUGCACGGUCAAACAACGAGCCCCAUGCUUUUCUUCAGGUUGAUGCUCUUGGUAGGGUUCCUUUCUCUUCAAUCCGCAGGCCUCGUCCACUUCUUGAAAUGGACCCUCCAAAUUCAACUAAAUCUGGUAAUGCGGAGCAUAAAGCUACCGAUAAGCCCCUUGAUCAAGAACCGAUGCUUGCAGCUAGAGUGUACAUAGAGGAUGGUCUUUGUCUCCUCCUUGAAGUUGAUGAUAUAGAUCGUUACUUAGAGUUUAACCAACUCCCGGACGGAGGACACCAGUUGAAACAAAGACGGCAAUCUUUGUUGGAUAGCCUCGCAGAUUCACUUCAGCUCGCUGAUCCCCUAGCCAAGAAUGGGGAAAGCCGGUCUCAUGAUGAUUUUCUCUUUCUAAGGAUUGUCUCUCUUCCAAAGGGUCGGAAACUACUCACAAGGUAUCUUCAGCUUAUUUUCCCUGGCAGCGACCUAAUGCGGAUAGUCUGCAUGGCCAUUUUCCGUCAUUUAAGAUCAUUGUUUGGAGUCCUCUCAUCUGACGCCGAUAUCAUCAAAACCACAAGCAAGCUUGCGAAAGUUAUAAACUUGUGCAUUAACAACAUGGAGUUAGGAUCGGUAAGCGUGUGUCUAGCAGCGGUGUCUUGUUCUUCUGAGCAGCCACCGCUCCGUCCCUUAGGCAGCCCUGUUGGAGACGGAGCUUCCACGGUACUGAAAUCAAUACUGGACAGAGCUGCCGAACUUAUCAGGGCAAAUAAUUUCAACAACGCAGUCAUGGCUCUAUGGCGCGCUUCCUUUAACGAGUUCUUUAAUCUGGUGAUGAAGUACUGCAUAAGCAAAUACGAGAGCAUCAUGCAGAGUUUGAAUUCACAAUUGCCACCGCAUUUUGCAGCGGAGAUAUCUGAUGCAGCUACACAAGCCAUUUCCCGCGAAAUGCCAAUUGAGCUUCUACGUGCAAGUUUCCCACACAUUGAUGAGCAGCAGAAGAGAAUACUAUUGGAGUUUAUCAAAGGGUCUAUGCACGGAAGCCAGAAAACCGAGCCAGUCUUAUUAGGUUGAUAGUAUCAAGAUUGAAGCAGUAAAAAUGAAGAUUCUGUAUCGGGAAGUCUGUAUAUGAAGCAGAAGAUCAUGCAGAUACCCGCAAGAAGUGAGAAUGGUAUCAAAGUUUCUAUUCGUGCUUCAAAUGGACAAAGACUGUUUUUGUGUCUUAUAGGUGAAAAAAAAGCAGCAGAGAAAAAGUUUGGUCUCUCUGUACAGAGAAAAAGUCUUUUAGCUUUGCAAAACUCCUCUUUUAGCCGAUGUUUUUGUUUGUGUUUCUGUCUUUCGCUUAGUUGAUCUCUCUUUUGUGUUUUGAAACCUUGUUAAUGGUUCUUGAUAAUUCUCUUUCCUUGUUUCCUCGUUCUCUGUUUUACCAAAUAAACAUUUCGAGUUAUCAUUA